CGCAACACAGAGGCAGCCCGAGCCAAGAGACAGAAACAGCACCGAGCCGACCGGCUGACUUAACCACAACACGACAGGAAAAAGGAGCAGAACUUUUUUUCUUUCUCUCUCUCGGUUUUUUUUGGGAGGUUUCUUCUAAAGGGACAAGGAAGGAGGACACGGGAGCGAGACAGCUUUUGUGUCGCGGUGAAGCCUGAAUCUUCUCCUCCAGGACAUUGAAAGUUAGUGGUCAGCAAACAGCAGCACUGAAGUUGGAUCCUCAGGGAGCCCCGAAGUAGACGGACUGACCCACAUCCUCUGUUAGACACAGAGAAGCAGGGCAGCAGCCUGAUACGCAUCACAGCUCUCCUGAAGAUCGAGGAAGACUCAAAAAACUCAAAAUCACCUCCAGUGAGACUCUGGAAACUCCUUUGAACUAUUUGCCAAGACAGCUGAAAGAGUCUUUGCUCAAAAUACGAACUUGUUUCUUUUUUUCAAUCUUUUGUUCACAAGACUUGUUCACUGUAUUUUUUAUUAUUAUUAUUAUGUCUGAGGUUUUUGUGGAGUUCCAUCUCUUUUUAAUCUUCUUGGCUAAUAUGGACACUUGAAGAUUUUGAUUUUGAAAAAUAAGUAACAGAAAUCAAUGAGACUUUCUCUUAGAGGAGCACAAAUACCUCAUCAAGAAGUUUUUGCUGAUCCUGCAACAUAGGUCAAACUCUGUAGUAACAGAGCAGCACACAUCUUUUCCUUUUUGCCCUUUGCUAGAGUUAUACUCUGGCACCCAGCUGGGAAAAAAUGGAAAGUUUAAGUAUACAUUUACCAUCCACCAGCAACAAAAACGCAAUGGAAGUGGACAGUUUUUCUCCCUACAGCGGGAGCAUCCCAUCCCCCUCUGAUGGUGGAGCGCGGGUCAGCCGCCAGUCUAAAGGUUCCAAGUCCUCUGUGUCGUCCCGUCGCAAGCGGGAGUUCAUCUCUGAUGAGAAAAAAGAUGAUUCUUACUGGGAGAAACGGCGUAAGAACAACGAAGCGGCCAAGCGCUCAAGGGAAAAGCGUCGCCUCAAUGACAUGGUGCUAGAGAACCGGGUCAUGGCACUGAAUGAGGAGAACGUUCGUCUAAAAACGGAACUCCUUCAGCUCAAGUUGCGCUUUGGUCUCAUCAGCACAGCCUCCUAUAUGGAGAAAAGUCAGCAGAUAUCCAACAGUGCUGCAAGUUGUAACACUAGUAGCAGUGGGAGCUGCACCAACGGCACUCCCAACAGUAACGCCUACCUCUCAAGCAGCGGCUACUCCAGUGCAUCUCAGGUGAUGCUGAAUUCUGACUCAUCUGAAGCUGAACAGUCGAGCCGUGGCGAGAACCACAGUACGCUCCACAAGUACUCCCCGAGAGGGUCUGUCUCUGACAUGUCUGACGGUUCCUCCAGAGACAGCCCUGAACCCAUGGGCUACAGCAUAAAGAAGGAGCCCUCAAGUAUGGAGAUGUCCAGACUGGAAAGCAAUGAGGUUAACCAUGGCAACCACACUGCGCUGGCUCCUCAUCACCAGCAGAGCUCCUCUUUGGUUGACAGUGCCAUGGACUACCAGCACCACCAACAGCAGUGCCACAUGGAGGCAUCCAGCCCGCCUCCUCAGGCCACCUCUGCACAGAGGAGCGUGAUCUUGUACCGCUCCAGCAGCGGCUGUUACCCCAUGGAGAGCCAGAGGCAAGAGGACCAGCAGUCUCAUCAGAGCAGACCGCAACAGCAUGGCCAGCACACCUCCAAGUUCUCUGACUGCUCAGUGACCAUCAGAGAGGUCGCUGAGAAGCUAGAGAGGACGAAGACUGUGGACUCGCCGCAGUAUGAAUACAGCAAUGAUCAUGAUGAUUCGGCAGAUGAGCUACAACAAAGGUACAAUCUCAACGCCCAACAGCAACGUGAGAGCCAUCAUGGGCUCUACGGCUACCAGAGUCAGGAGGGCAGUCAGCAUCACCCUGAAAGCCGCCAGAACCCCUUCGCCCCUGAUCUUAUCCACAGCACUGAGGAGGGCAAGUCCUCCUACCCACAGCACAACGGCUACCUCAACACACUGGACGAAGAGCCCCCAGUACUCACCUACGAGGGAGGCCCCCGGGCUGACGGUUUCUACCAGGAGAAUUCCUCUGGUAAAGACACCUCCUCCAGCGAUGGAGACCCCCGUAGCUCUGACAAGGAGGGCUCCACAGAUGACGAGUCUCCCUCCUCGUCCUCCUCAGACAUCAGCAGUUACCACCAGAAGGCGGUGGGGGCUGCCGGUUUGAACAGUGAGUGCCAAGCUGAGGUCAAAGGCACUGCCCUGCCCCACAAGCUCCGACUCAAGUACAGAGCUUUUUCCAACGGGGCAGCAAAAGCACAGGUGGAGGCACUGGUCAGCAUGUCCAUGUCCCCCUCCCCCAACUUGCCCCAGCACCCUUACUUGGCUCUCCCCAGCAACCCUCAUAGCGGCCAGACCAAUGGGGAAAGCAAAGAGGCAGAGAAUGAGACUGUGUUUGCAGAUGAGGUCAUGCCUCAGUUGAAUGAACAGUCAGAGGCGAAAAAGGGAUCCAGCAGCGGGAAGGGUGGACGCAACAAGAGGCGAGAUUAAGGACAAAUAAGAGCAGCUUCAGCAACUCUGUAUCACCUCUGUGUUGUCUACCACAGACAGGCAACUAUAACUACACUCACAUCGCCACCUUGCAGGACUGUAAAGAAGCAAGUGGUGUGUGUGAUGUUUAGACUGGAUGUGAUUUCACCAUCAAGUUUCACUGUGUCACCUUUUCCCCUUUCCCUUUAUUCUCUCCUACCUCCUCACUUAACGAGGGAGGGAACAGAAUGAAACUCUCCAGAGCUGGAGUCUGGGAUAUUUCUCUUGUGGGAAAUUCAAACAUUAUUCAAUUAUUCAUCAUUGUAAACUGCCUUGGUGGUUGGCCAGCGUGUACACGCUUAUUGUGGCAUUAUGGGAACAUUUUUUUGACCAAAGAAUACACAUCCUUCUUUUGGCGCAGUUACAUUCUUCCUCCCUCUGAACACAUCUGUGCGAUUUAAUCCUCCACUCUCUUUACCAUCUGCACACAAGUCCUUUUCACUUCUGAAGCACUUAGAUUGUAUAUUACUGUGAUAUAUAAAUUUGCAUAUAUGGAGUAUAUAUUUUAAGAAGAAAAAUGUGGCAAAAACAACAAAAAAUAAUGGGAUGCAGAAGUCGUAGAUUUAAAAGUGAUCAGUUUGUUCUUGUUGAGACACCUUGUACAGUCCCUCUUUGUCUAGAAAAUGCCUCAAAGAUUCUCUUUCAAAUGAAAGUAUGAGCCACAACUUGUUAAAAAAGAAGAAAAAAAAGAAAAAAAAAUUAAAUAAAGGUACACUUUUUUUUAAGGAUCCGCUCCUCGUUCAGGCGAUCCAAGCUCUUCAUCACCUAAAACUGUUAAAACAGUCAAGGCCAGAUCUCAGCAUAUCAGUCAAGGCUAUGCAGUCACACCUUGCUGUUGGCAAAUCCUGACAAGCACAAGGCGUUUCGCCUCGUUUGCCAGCCGUUUGACAAAAUCAAUACGUCUGUAUUUCCCAGACUAAAUUUGUCUGUCUAAUAAAUGAAAUGGCUCUCUAGUCGCAACCAGCAAAGCUGCUCUCUCUUCAUAAGGUGCCUCUUUAUUGUGUUGUCCCUCGUCCCCACAUAGGCCAAUGUCUUAAUGAUCCCACUCACCUCCGCACUGAGUUGUUGUAGCUACAGUAGCUGCAGUAGAUCAUACAGUCUGUACAAGUUUAACUGUUUCACUUCCUGGUGCCUGCCUCUGGCCACUAUGUAUAAAUGUAAAGUUGUCUCUAUCUCUUGUAUACUGCUGUCAUUAUUUUAUUAUUAUUUUAUUAAUAUUGUUAUUUUCUAUUAUAUUCAAUUAUUAUUUUGGCUAUUAUUAUAUGUAUUUUUUUGUCAUCCUGUUGUGUCAUUUUGCUCUAUGCUCUUCCUGGUUGUGCUGUGUAUUUACCCAUGCUACCCUAUGCCCAGUUACCAUUUGUACUCUGUGUUACUGUAUAACCUUUGUUGUUCGCCAAAAGGCUUUAUGAAAAUGGAAGAAAAAAAAGAAAAGAUAAAGGCUUGUCCAGAAGUGAUUCUGUAUUGUUAUACUUCACGUGGAUAUGCAAAAUGGUUUUUAAAAAAAGCUCAUUUUUGAUUGUGAAAGAAUGAAAAUGAGGA